UUUAUGUAAAAUAAGUUCCUUAUUUACACUCAAAAAAGCAUGUCUCAUGCAGCACAAAUAACUAAUCUUUUUAAGUAUCAUGUCUGUUUAGCAACUCUUAUGUUCAUCUUCUUUUUCCGUGUAUCUCUGAUGGUAAUCAUUGGACUGUGUUAGAUAUAAUUAGAAAGUUUCAUAACAAUGCGUUUCCUUAUACUGAUAGUUUUUACAAUACUGGCUAAGCAUUAAAAGAUUGUACAAGAGAGCAUAAAAUUAAUAUUGUUCCGACAGCUUUUUGUCAUGCCUAUUUGUAAAACUAUCUUUAAUAUCAAUACACAUGUACUUGAAAGUAUGGCUUAUUAUUUUAACUUUGUUAUUAGUCUAUAGUCCUAACUAGAUUUACAAAGGGGGUGGAUUUUAAAAAUUUCAAACAUGGCAGCUGAGAAGGAGCUUAUCAAAUUGGGAUACUGGAUGACUAGAGGAUUGGCUCAGUCAAUUCGUCUUCUGCUCAAAUACACUGGUACUGAGUUUGAGAAUAUUACUUACACAAGAGCUGAAGCUCCUAGUUUUUCAACAGAAGAGUGGACUUCAGUAAAGCAUACAUUAGGAUUGCCUUUUCCGAAUAUACCAUAUUUGAUUGACAGAGAUAUAAAAAUAACACAAAGCAAUGCAAUACUAGCAUAUCUUGGUUGCAAAUACAAUCUGUGUGGGUUACUUAGUCUACAAGUUGUUUUUUUGUAAUUAUAACUAUAAUGUAACUUUUUUCGUCCUACUCCUAGUUAAACUAUUCAUUAGUUUGUUUUGAUUUCAAACAAUAGGUGGUAAAACAAAUGCUGAAAUGGCUACUCUUGACAUGUUUAUAAAUGUAGUAAAUCAAUCUAAGCUAUAUUGUAUAUUGGUGGUACUGUAAUGUCCCAUAAUUAUU